AUGUCUCAAAGCGAACAAAUGAUUCAACGCCAAAAGGCUGUGGAGAAGAAUCUUGAAAUGACAUUCCGAUUCGAUAUGAUUGAUGUUUGUUUUGAAAAGUGUAUGAAAGGAUAUUUCAAAGCUGUAGAACUCUCGUCGAACGAUAAAGAAUGUUUAUUGAAUUGCUCCAAAAAUUACACUCAAUCAUUCGACAUUGCAACUGAAAUUCUAACGCAACGAUACAAAAAAGAAAUCACAGGAUCAACCACCAAAUAA